AUGUCGACCUUCUGGACGACAGCCAGAGCCUCGAGCUCCUUUGUGUGCCGAGCGUGCAGACGCCCAUCCACCGCACAAUCCUUCCAAGCACAGUCAUGGCGAGCAAUGUCUUCAGAGGGCCAGCAAAAGCUGCUGUCCUCCAACCUAGAGCAAGCAGACCCUUCGAUAUUCGACAUAAUACGGAAGGAAAAGAGGCGGCAGAAGCACUUUAUCAACCUGAUCCCUUCUGAGAACUUUACAAGUCAAGCGGUGCUGGAUGCGUUAGGCAGUAUUAUGCAAAACAAGUACUCCGAGGGAUACCCGGGAGCACGAUACUACGGCGGUAACGAGUUCAUCGACGAGGCAGAACGAUUGUGCCAGCAGCGGGCAUUGGAGACCUUUGGAUUGAAAGAGUCAGAAUGGGGCGUCAACGUACAGCCACUCUCUGGCUCGCCCGCAAACCUCUACGCGUACUCAGCACUUCUAAACACACACGAUCGCAUCAUGGGCCUCGAUCUACCGCACGGCGGCCACCUUUCCCACGGCUACCAGAUCCCCGGCAAGAAGAUCUCCGCCAUCUCCAAAUACUUCGAAACCCUACCCUACCGCCUCGACGAGUCAACUGGCCUUAUCGACUACGAGAAACUUGAAGAGCUAGCAAUCCUUUACAGACCGAAGAUUAUCAUUGCAGGCACUAGCGCAUACAGUCGUCUAAUCGAUUACGACAGAUUCAGAAAGGUUGCGGACAAGGUCGGCUCGUACCUACUAAGUGAUAUGGCCCACAUCUCAGGCUUGGUAGCAGGUGGGGUCAUCCCAUCGCCAUUCGAAUACUCAGAUGUGGUCACAACAACAACACACAAGAGCUUGAGAGGCCCACGUGGAGCCAUGAUCUUCUUCAGGAAGGGUGUGCGAAGUGUCAACAAGAAGGGCGAGCAGGUCAUGUAUGACCUCGAGCAGCCGAUCAAUGCUUCGGUGUUCCCUGGACAUCAAGGAGGACCACACAACCACACCAUCACCGCAUUGGCAGUCGCGCUGCACCAAGCGCAACAGCCAGAGUUCAAGGAGUAUCAGAAGCAAGUUCUGGAGAACGCCAAGGCACUGGCAGCAAGGCUAGGCGGCGAGAAAGGCAAAGGCGGCCUGGGCUACAACAUCGUGAGUGGUGGCACUGACAACCAUCUGGUCCUGGUCGACCUAAAAGACAAAGACAUCGACGGUGCCCGCGUCGAGCGGAUCCUAGAACUUGUCGGCGUCGCAGCAAACAAGAACACCGUCCCCGGCGACAAAUCCGCCAUGAAGCCAGGAGGCAUCCGCAUGGGCACACCAGCCAUGACAACUCGCGGCUUCAACCCCGACGACUGGAAGCGCGUGGCAGACAUCGUGCACAGAGCCGUCGGCAUCACCAAGACCCUCAAUGGCAAGGCCAAGGAGGCAGCCGAGAAGAGCGGACGCAAGAACCCUGCCAGCGUGAAUGCUUUCAAGGACUACGUGAAAGAGGGCGAGGAGAUUGUUGAGAUUGUUGAGUUGAGGAGGGAGGUUGAGGAUUGGGUUGGUACGUUCUCGUUGCCGUGGGAGAAGAGCGCGUAG